GGGCGCUCGGGGGACACGCUCCUCCACCACGCUGCCCGAUACGGGCACCGCCACGUCCUUGCCUACCUGGUUGAGGCGCUGGGGAUGGACGUCGAGGUGUUCAACAGCGACUACAAGAGACCCCUCCACGAAGCGGCCUCCAUGGGCCACGAGGACUGCGUCUCCUACCUCCUGGGGAGAGGCGCGAGCGUGGACUGUCUGAAAAAGGCAGACUGGACCCCCCUGAUGAUGGCUUGCACCCGACAGAACCUGGAGGUGAUCAAAGCUCUCGUGGAGCAUGGAGCCAACCCGCUGCUGAAGAAUAAGGAUGGCUGGAACUGCUUCCACAUCGCGAGCCGGGAGGGUCAUCCCCACGUCCUGCGGUACCUGCUCGAUGUGUCCCCAGACAGCUGGGAUACAGAGAGUACAAUCAAGAGGACGCCUCUGCACACAGCAGCGAUGCACGGCUGCUUUGACGUGGUGGAGCUGCUCCUGGAGCGGUGCCAGUACAAACCUGACAGCAGAGACAAAUGUGGAGUCACUCCCUUUAUGGACGCUAUCCAGAACGGGCAUGUCAACAUCGCCCAGCUGCUCCUGGCUAAACACCAGGCCUGUCCUUCAGCCAUGGACGCUCUUGGCGCUCAACCUCUGCACCGGGCAGCCGUCACGGCCCAGGAUGAAGCCAUCCAGUUCCUUGUUUCCGAGCUGGGUGUUGAUGUCAACGAGAGAGUCACAGCCCUCCAGCUCACAGCCCUGCACUACGCAGCCAAGGAAGGACAUGUGCGCACCAUCCAGACGCUGCUGUCCCUCGGCGCCGAUGUCCACGCCAAGGAUGCGAAGAGCCGUUCGGCCCUGCAUGCAGCCUGCGCUGGGCAGCAGGCGGACGCCGUACGGAUCCUGCUCCGCGCCGGGCUGCGGGACGCUCCUGAUGGCACGGGCACGCUGGCGCGGCAGCUCGCGAGGAAGCCAGAUGUCAUCCAGGUUUUUCAGGAAAUGAAUGUCGGCGCGUGA